UCAUCCAACACAAUGAUCAAAUAGAAUACAUUCAUUCGAAAAUUCGGAAAAGGAUAGUAAUCAUCAUUUCAAUUGGCGUACGCGCUUUAUGAAUAGCUCAUGCCAAUUUAGCUUCGGCCACAUGCAUGUUUUUUUUUGAAAUAUUUUAAUUUUUGUUUUAUAAAUCACGAGGAAAAAUGGUCAAACUAGAUUUAUCAUUACUUCGUUAUCUUGAUAAAGAUGAUUUCCGUGUGCUUACAGCCAUCGAAAUGGGUAUGCGAAAUCAUGAACUUGUUCCUCGAAGUCUUGUUUAUUCUAUUUCUGGAAUUCAAAAUGGAUCUGUCUCAAAAAUUUUGAUGAACCUGUCCAAGAAUAAAUUGCUUUCAUAUGAACGUGGUAAACGAUAUGAUGGCUAUCGUUUAACAUACCAUGGCUAUGAUUAUCUCGCAUUAAAUGUACUCCGGAAUAGAGGUGUAAUCAGUUCGAUCGGCCAACAAAUAGGCGUUGGAAAAGAAUCGGAUGUUUAUAUCUGUUCGAAUGACGAUGGCCGACAAUUUGCAAUCAAAUUUCAUCGUUUAGGCCGCACAUGUUUCAGAAGGGUAUCGGAUAAACGUGAUUAUUAUCAACGACGUGGUAAGAAUCACAAGACAGCCAGUUGGAUCUAUCUAUCGCGUUUGGCAGCAACACGUGAAUUUGCUUUCAUGAAAUUAUUAUAUGAACAUAAAUUAUUGCCUGUGCCUGAACCAAUCGAUAUGAAUAGACAUUGUAUCGUCAUGGAAUUGAUAGACGGCAUCAUAUUAAACCAAAUUUAUUUGGAUAAUAAUAAUGAACAACAACAAAUCGAAAUACUAUAUGAAAAAUUAAUAUCAUUGAUGAUGAAAUUGACCAACGAAUUUGGUGUCGUACAUGGUGAUUUUAAUGAAUUUAACAUAAUGAUACGAAAACGUGAAGACGGAUCAUUGGAUCCGAUUCUAAUCGAUUUUCCACAGAUGAUUUCCGUUCACCAUGAAUUAGCACAAGAUUAUUUUGAUCGUGAUCGUGAUUGUAUUGUCGAUUUUUUCGCUAAACGUUUUCAUUAUGAAUCAGAUUCGAUACCAGAAUUUGAGCCAUUCGAUCAAACAAUAACUAAAAACGACCUUCAGCAACUGGCCGAUGCAUUUGAUGGUGCAAAUGAAGAAACAUUUGAUUCAAAUCAUGAACCAAAAAUAUCCAGCGACGACAAAAAUUCUCCAAUCGUUGAUGGCAAAAGUGAAUUACUUUCAAAAUUUUUAAAUAGUUUAUGUCCUAGAAACGAUGCCGAUAACAUCGAUCAUAGUGAUCAUAAAUCAACAAUGAUCAACGAUGAUACUACAAAAAAUUUAUAUUAUAGCUCAAAGCAUAAUCAAGAUAUAAAUGGCGAAAUAGCAAUUCUUGAUCAACGAAUGGCAAAAUUGGCUCCAACAUCAUCGAAUGAAAAAAAUCCCAAUGAUUGUGAUGAAAAUGUGGAGAUUUCGACCACAUUAAAUCCUAACGAUCGGGAUGAUGUUUAUUCAACGGCAACGAGUACUAUCAAUCCACAAAUGAUCAAAUCCCGUCUAUUGAAAGAACAACGCAAACGGGAAACAAAACAACGAAUUAAAAUGGCUGCCAAUGUAAAGAAAAAUGUCAAGGGCGACUCGAAUGCUUUAAGGCGACGUAAACGUGAUGAUUAUCAAUCUGCCAAAGAAGAUUGGCAUGCGUUUAAGGAUGCUGUAAAUGAUUGUUAAAUUCGAAUAUUUUUAUUAAAAAAAAUUUGUGCUUUCUCAAGAA